AUGAUCUGCAAAAGGCUUGAGGGCAUCGAGGAGCGGUGCGUGCGUAACGCAGUGCCUCUGCCUCUCUCUGCAGCCGAGGUGGUUCGGUGCCUCAACAGUGCCCUCCAGGUGGGCUGCGGGGCCUUCGCCUGCCUGGAGAACUCCACGUGCGACACGGAUGGCAUGUACGACAUCUGCAAGUCCUUCCUCUACAGUGCUGCUAAAUUUGACACUCAGGGAAAAGCUUUUGUGAAAGAAAGCUUGAAAUGCAUUGCAAAUGGGGUUACGUCCAAGGUGUUCCUUGCCAUCCGGAGGUGCUCCACGUUCCAAAGAAUGAUCUCCGAAGUGCAGGAGGAGUGCUACAGCAAACUGGACAUGUGCGGCAUUGCGAAACGAAAUCCUGAAGCCAUCACGGAGGUCGUCCAGCUUCCAAAUCAGUUCUCAAACCGGUAUUACAACAAGCUGGUGAGAAGCUUACUGGAGUGUGAUGAGGAGACUGUCAGCACCAUCAAGGACAGCUUGAUGGAGAAGAUCGGGCCCAACAUGGCAAGCCUCUUCCACCUCCUGCAGACAGAUCACUGCGCUCAAGGCCACCCGCGGGCUGACUUCACCAGGAGACGGAUCACCGAGCCGCAGAAGCUAAAGCUCUACUUCAGGAACCUCCGAGGUGAGGGGUCCGUCCCGGCCCACGCGAAGCGCAGCUCUGCCGAAAGCGCGUAACGCCUCGGGGGAGCCACAAUGGGUGUGUAAGGGAUGCUAAGCACUACCAAAGCUGACGUCUCUCUUUUCUAGAAGAGUAACGCACCCAAACCAAGUGUACUGUAGCUAGUUUUAAUAACAACUAGGAACUGGUUUUAGAUUUAGUCAUUAAUAUUUUCUAUUCCUCUCGAACAAAACUUUUGCAUGGAUCUGUGUUCAGUGUCUCAGCUUUCCCGCCGUCAAAAUGUCUCCAUCUCUUUUCUUCCCCACAAAAAGAUAUCCCAAACGAUCUUAGUCUUAAAUAGAACCGGACAGUAGUCAGGCCUUCAGACAACCAAACUCUAAAUGUACUGUAGCGCUAACACCAUUGAGGUCUGAAGAUUUGGCACCAAGGAGAAUAGCUUGUUCUCUCUUGUAGUAAGCUGGUAGGCGACGAUAGAUGCACUAAUAACUAUUGCACAUCCUAAAGAUGUCAAUGGAAUUCGUGUUAUGAAUCUGUGCUGGCCAUGGACGAAUAUGAAUGUCAUAUUCCUGGUCUCUUAGUGUCGUACAGUCCUAAUCCUUCCAAUACAGCUCUGUUAACCCAUGGAUUUACCAAACUCGCUAGCUGUGGAUGAUUCUAGUUACCGUGACCUGGCACCACAGUGCAAAAUGAGUUAAAACUCCCCCACUCCCCCCCCACACCUCCCCCUGACACACACCAAAUCAGGAAAGGAACAUUUUGUACUACGGAAAUGAUUAAAAGAGGUGCCAGUCUAUGGUUAAAGCUAGUCAGAAGGUUACAUAAUCUUGCAUUGUAUUUAAAAGCUAACAUCUAUGUACUGUAUUUAACUGUCGAAAGCUUUAAAAGAAAUCUAACAAAAACAAACCCUGUCUUAAGACUAGAGUAUUAAAGCUCUUGCUCUAACUGUGGUAUAAAUAGUUUUAAAAUCUGUCAUGUACUGUACAUAAAUUCCACGAGAGUCUGCUUAAAAGAAGCAGAAUAUAAUAACUUUAUUGCAUAAACUUAGUUUUGUAAGUUAGCUAUUUCUUUUUUUCCUGGAAACAGUAUCUCUGUCAUACUCAAGAGUUCACGUUCUACUCUGUGGCCUUUUUAUAAUGGAAGAGAGAAGAUGUUUAGGACAGAAAUCACAGAGCCAGAAACAAGCCUCUCUUCUCGUAGUUGAAAUGGAAGGGGGAAAAAAAAAAAAUAGAGUUCAGACUGGCGAGUCCUAUCUCCACAGAGCUGCUGGGAGAUGUAGUUAUACCCAAGGCACGAGUGCUGCUGGAGAGCUGUUUGGGGAAUUAUCGGGUGGCUGACGAAAAGCUGCUCGCGGAUCUCAUAGCUGCCGCAGGGUAAAGCUUCCCUUAGGAAGUUGAUUUCUGGGGAAGGGCAGGAGAAAUCCCUCAGUUCUCUUCAGCUUCACGCGUGGAGUGCUGCGCCUGCCUUGGGGAGGACACGCGCAUUAACGCUCCCGGGUCUGCCUCUCCUCCCGUCCACCUCUUGGGCCGCCUCUGCGCGCAGGAGCGGAGCCGCCGGGCCCGUGGCAGUAGCCGGGGGCCUCCCCCCAACGCCGGCUCUGCACAGUAGCCCGGCCGGGCUGCGGCGAGCCAAAAAAAGCCACAUUGUGGCAUGCGAUCAACGAGGCCAGUUCCAGCUCCAAAUCUAUCCCGUUAGAGUCCGUCUGCAGAGUGGAUGACUCUUGCUCAACUAGUUAGAGAGCUAAUAAAGGAGGGAUCUAUUUUUUUUUUCUUUUCAAAAUCUAAAGCAAUAUAACUUCUUUUUUUUUUUU